AUGCCUGGCAUGUGGUUGUCCGAGAAUCAGAAGAUCGGAGUGGUCUUCUGCUCUGCCGGUGGCUUAUUCCUGUUUGGAGGAGUGUUGAUGUUCUUUGACCGGUCAUUACUUGCCAUGGGAAAUAUCCUCUUCCUCAUCGGCCUCACCCUCAUCAUCGGCUUCCAAAAGACUAUGGUCUUCUUCUCUCGCCCACAAAAACUCAAGGGCACCGCUGCCUUCGCCACAGGAAUCAUCCUCAUUCUGCUGCGCUGGCCUCUGACCGGGUUUCUGAUUGAGCUGUACGGGUUAUUCAUUUUGUUUGGGGAUUUCUUGAUCACCAUUGGCCAAUUUGCUGGCAAUGUCCCGGUGGUAGGGCCGUACAUCAAGCGCGCGCUGGAGAUUUUGGCUGGCGGGAGAAGCAAUGCCGAGCUGCCAGUAUGA